AAAAAUCAAGGGGCCCUCCAUGGCCAGAGGCCCUGGAGGUCUCCUGCAAUUUCUACUAUCUUGGUCCUGGGAGGAUGCAAAGAGAGCUUUGGCACAGGGCCGAAACCAUCUAGAAAAGUGUCUCCUGGCACGUAAGAUGGGCUCAACAAAUACUGUUGAAUGAGUGAAUGAAUGAACGUGGAAGAGAGAGUGAUGGUCACUGAAUUGCAAAUCAGAAGACGCUAGUUGUUGACCCUCUAUGAAAACACUUCAGGCUUCACUUCUCAGACCUUUAUUCUUCUAAACAAAGUUCAGGCCUCUGCAUGUUCUACUCUGUUAACCACAGAAGCCCAAAGUUCUUCCAUAACUAACCUGGACCUGGGAUCCCUGUGCUCUGCUCUCAGGAGCUCUCACAACCCCUUUUCCCCUGGAAGACGCAUGAGGACGAUGGAGCAGGGCCACAACCGCGUGGAGGACUUCCCUCUCAAUGUGUUUUCCGUCACCCCUUACACGCCCAGUACCGCUGACAUCCAGGUGUCGGAUGACGACAAGGCGGGGGCCACCUUGCUCUUCUCGGGCAUCUUCCUGGGACUGGUGGGGAUCACAUUCACCAUCAUGGGCUGGAUCAAAUACCAAGGAGUCUCCCACUUUGAAUGGACCCAGCUCCUUGGACCCAUCCUGCUGUCGGUGGGGGUCACGUUCAUCCUGAUUGCCGUGUGCAAGUUCAAAAUGCUCUCCUGCCAGUUGUGCAAAGAGAGUGAGGAGAGGGUCCCGGACUUGGAGCAGACGGCCGGAGGACAAUCGUUUGUUUUCACUGGUAUCAACCAACCCAUCACCUUCCACGGGGCCACGGUGGUGCAGUAUAUCCCCCCCCCUUAUGGCUCUCAAGAGCCCCUGGGGAUGACCACCACCUACCUGCAGCCGGUGGUGAGCCCGUGCGGUCUCGUCCCGCCUGGAGGGCUGGCGGCUGCCAUGCCAAGCCCGCCCCAGUACUACACCAUCUACCCUCCAGAGAAUGCUGCCUUUGUUCACGACCAGGACUACCCUUCCUUCGUGGAUGCUGGAGAUGACAGGUCCAGCCCUGAUGCUGAGCAGCUAGAAGAGACACAGCUGGGAGAUGAGGAUUCCACCUGUUUCUCUCCUCCCCCCUAUGAGGAAAUAUGCUCCCUCCCCCGCUAGAGAGUGUUCGAUGCCGUGACCUUCGGAAGUGAGACAGCAGAGGAGCCCAGGCAGCCUGACAGACACCAUUCAGGGUGGGGGAGGGGAAGUGGGAGGUAGACUCUCUCCGAUUGGUAAAAAUUAGGCCGAGGUAGGGAAACUCCCUCCCAGGAGAGCUAGAAAUCCCCUGCCUAGGGUUUGGGAUCAGGAAUUUCACCUAUUUAUCCUCCCCUCACCCUCUUCCCACUGGAAGGCACUGGUGUCUUUAUUUGAGCUUCAGCAGCCAAGGGAAAAAUCACUAUUGCUGUGACUUUGGGAGUUUCCACAGUAGUGCAAGUGGGGGGUGGGAAGGAAACGGGAAGAGAAAACAGGCUCAACUGGAGAUCUUCCAGUGCCUGUUCUCAGCCCUCAAACAGGAUUUGCGUAUUUGAAAGCACUUGGUUGCCAUUCUGUGUCCCUGGAGGACUCUGGGUAUCUUCGAGUCUACUGAAUAAAUAAAUAAAGACUAAAAGAAUAAAUAAUAA